GGGAUAUGAGUGGACAUUAUAACAAAGACAACCUGACGUCCUAUGACAACCUGUAUAGUUCUCUAAGCGAAUGCGAACAAUCUACCCACAUAGUGGGACCUAUACUUUACUUCUAUGUGACUUAGAAAGUGAAAAUUCGAAUCUAUCAUCGUCCUCACUGCGUCGCGAUAUUGUUCCCUUCCUGCAAGCUGCUAGCACUGGGUUCAAGUAACAGGUAAUAUCACCUAUAAGGUGGUCUACCAAGAAGGGAAGUAGCUCAGGUGCUCGUCGGUAAUCCAGAUCAUAUCACGGUUACCUUCGCAAAGUCCUCUCAGGGACCUGAUCGCAGUGCUUUCAUUCGACAGAUGGAGGGAGAGAUCUUCUCCUAGAUAUUUACAUCAUUAUCCAAUAAUUCCUUUCCUUUAAGCCCUACAGUGUGUGUACUGCGGUCGAGUUAUCCAUUUUCACUUCAUUUUACCUUCGAAAUGAAACCCACAAUCCGUGAUCUGCCAACAGAGUUACAUCAAAUGAUCAUAAGCCACCUCGACUAUCCCUCGAGAGUAGUGCUUGCGCAAACAAACCAAUACUUCCGGGCUUUGGUACCGGCAAGACCGCCAACAACCUCGUUUAUGAUGCAGACAUAUCUUUGCGAGAAAGAAGUGUGGCCAAUGUUCCGCCAAUACUUCGCCUGUGGCAAGUGUCUCCAGCUUAUCCAUUACACCCAUUUUACCGCAGGCCAGGUGACCGGGAAAUACGCCAAGCUCGGUAGCCGAAGACAUAUUCGUGUUUGUUCCCCAUGCUAUCGGACCAGCCAGUUCACAAGAUAUCGUCGGAGCGUGUUUGGCUAUACCGGAUACAGUGUCAUAUCCUACCCUGCGACAAACCCACCAUACCCGAUGCUUUACCCUGUCUUUGUUCCCGUUUAACUGUGAUAUAUGCCUGAAGGGGGUCAGUUGGCGACCUGGUGUUUGGGAGAGAUCUAUCCUCGCUCACCAUACCGUUGAGAAGUAUGACUAUAUUGAAGGAGAUGGAAAGGGUUCAGCCAUGGAUGGUGCUAGGGGUAAUG